CUCUGCACAGAAACCAGUGGAGUCUGAUUUCCUUGAAUGCUGAAAAUUAGCUCUGAAGGAAUGGACAACUCCAACAAAAAACCCCACACAAGUCUUCUGAGAAGCCAGCAAGGGAACUAGAAAAAACAGCUUGACUUGCAAAAUCUCACCUGACCCAUGACUGACUCUGCUAAUGCAACACUAAUUUAAUACACCUUUGUACAUCAGAUCCAAGGAUGUUUGUGUUGCUUUACAUUACAAGUUUUGCCAUCUACACAAGCGAACAACCUCUUCAAAACCAGUUCAAAGGAGAAAAUUACUACACCAGAUACAUCUGUAGCAUCCCUGGUUUGCCGGGCCCUGCAGGUCCCCCUGGAGCUGGCGGAUCCCCGGGCCCACAUGGACGCAUUGGUCUUCCAGGAAGAGAUGGUAGAGAUGGCAGGAAGGGAGAAAAAGGUGAAAAGGGGAGCGCAGGUUUAAGAGGAAAGACUGGGCCAUUAGGACCAGCUGGAGAGAAAGGAGACCAAGGUCAGUCUGGUAAAAAAGGACCUGGAGGAUUGACUGGUGCCAAAGGUGAAGUAGGUCCAGCUGGACCACCUGGACCUAAGGGAGAUAAAGGAGACCGAGGAGAGCCAGGUGCACCAGGGGUCUGUAAGUGUGGAAAGAUAGUGCUGAAAUCUGCCUUUUCUGUUGGCAUCACCACCAGCUACCCAGCGGAAAGAUUACCAAUUGUAUUCAAUAAAGUCCUCUUCAAUGAGGGGGAGCAUUACAACCCUUCCACAGGGAAGUUUAUUUGUGCCAUCCCAGGGAUUUAUUAUUUUUCUUAUGAUAUCACCUUAGCAAACAAGCAUCUUGCGAUUGGGCUGGUUCACAAUGGGAAGUACCGGAUAAAGACAUUUGAUGCGAACACAGGCAACCAUGAUGUAGCUUCUGGAUCCACAGUGAUCUACCUUCAGCCAGAAGACGAAGUAUGGCUUGAGAUCUUCUACGCUGACCAAAAUGGUCUAUUUUCUGAUCCAACAUGGGCAGACAGUUUGUUUUCUGGAUUUCUCUUAUACGUUGAUACAGAUUACCUUGACGCUUUAUCGGAUGAAGAUGAGCUCUGAAGUAGAUGAUGUCAAAUGACAUUCAAACUGGAUGGACACCCCAGCACAGAAUGUUGUCUAGCUGUGUGGGGGACACGAAGUUGAAAAAAAAAUAAUCUGGGAGUUUAUUUUUGCUUGAUAAGAACCAAAUCUGAGCUCAUAAGGAUCUUUCUCGAAUCUAAGGUGGACUUUUUACUGAACAGCAGGGAUAUCAAAAGGAACUGUAAUUAACAAAAGACUGCAUCACUCCAGGACUGACUCCUCCUGAAAGUUAUGUUUAUAAUACUAUUUAAACAAAUUUAAGAUACUGUACAUUGGAUUUUAUAUAAGUUGUAAGGUAGAAUGGAUAUUUUGUAUAUGACAUUAAAGUAAAAUUGAA